GGGACCAAGGAGAUGACUGUGCGAGAUGCGCUGAAUGAGGCAAUGGCUGAGGAGAUGGAGAGGAAUGAGAAAGUCUUCGUUCUCGGUGAAGAGGUUGCACAGUAUAAUGGAGCAUACAAGGUUACAAAGGGUUUGCUGGACAGAUUUGGCGAGAAGCGUGUCAUCGACAGCCCAAUUACAGAGUCUGGUUUCUGUGGUCUGACAGUUGGUGCUGCUCUGGCUGGAUUACACCCUGUGUGCGAGUUCAUGACUUUCAACUUCGCCAUGCAGGCUAUCGACCAGAUCAUCAACUCCGCAGCCAAGACCCAUUACAUGUCUGGUGGUAUUCAGCCCUGCAACAUCACGUUCCGUGGACCGAACGGCUUCGCCGCCGGUGUUGCCGCACAACAUUCGCAAGACUAUUCUGCGUGGUACGGAAGCAUUCCUGGUCUCAAAGUCGUGUCACCGUACAGCGCGGAGGAUGCCAAGGGCCUUCUCAAGGCCGCCAUCCGGGAUCCAAAUCCGGUGGUUGUCCUUGAGAACGAACUUCUGUACGGUCUGCCGUUCCCGAUGAGCGAAGAGGCACAGAGCGAUGAUUUCGUUAUUCCAUUCGGCAAAGCAAAGAUCGAACGGCCGGGCAAGGAUCUAACAAUCGUCACACUCUCUCGUUGUGUUGGUCAAUCCUUGGUUGCCGCUGAACAGCUCAAGAAGAAAUAUGGUGUGGAAGCAGAGGUUAUCAAUCUGCGCUCCGUUAAGCCAAUGGAUGUCGAGGCUAUCAUCAAGUCUGUCAAGAAGACAGGCGCCUUGAUGGCGGUUGAGUCCGGGUUUCCUGCCUUCGGUGUCGGAGCUGAGAUCAUGGCUCUCACAUGCGAAUACGCUUUCGAUUACUUGAAUGCGCCACCGGUUCGCGUCACUGGUGCCGAAGUUCCUACUCCAUAUGCGCAGAAACUUGAAGAGAUGGCAUUUCCCACGGAGCAGCUUAUUGUUGAUUACGCAGCCAGGCUAUUAAAAGUAUGAGGCACAGGUGUUCUUUCUCUGUUAUUCCAGAUCUGGUUUUUAGGAAGCGAAAGAUAGACCCAUGUACCACCACUGAACCUGUAGCUCAAAUGCUUCCUUCUCGUUUUUUGGGGACUUCCGGAUACAUAUAUCAUAGCGUCUGACUAAUACAAGCAUAAAUCAUGUGUCGUUGGUCGCUCUUCCGUUCUCCUUUGAGAAUGCUGAGGUCCGCAAGCAUAUGCUACGUUUGGCUGUUAUUCUUCCAUCCUGAGACGGACAUCCUGCUAAGCAGUACGGCAGGAGUGAUAGUCAUUUGAGAUGAAUGAACUAUCAUCUAUCUAUCUCGGCAUUGUAAUUAUCUUUCAUUUCUUUACAGCGGAGACCACUUUUGAGUAGUACUAAUUAAACGAUGCUAGCUUCAAAGUAUGACGUAAAUGGCCUCCUAUGCCCACACACUUGCUGGUAUAUCGUUUCAGGC